AUGAACGAAUCAGCUGGCACUAGCGCAAAUAAUAAGUCUUCAACAUACACGCCAUAUUCAGUUCCUUCACGGGUAGAAGGAAUAACACUGUCCGUCGUUUUCUUGUUUGAAGCCGUCCUGAUUGUUACGGGAAACCUCCUCACAAUUGGUCUCUUUGCAAAAGAGAAAAAACUUCGAAAGAAAAGCCUCUUUCUGGUUGUAAACAUGGCUUUCGCAGAUUUGAUUUCAGGAGCUGUUUCCUUGCCUUUGUAUGUUUACUUAUAUAUCGGGCCCAUGUAUCGGCUAUGGAAACGGGAUACAUCAAACAUAACGUUGCCUAUCGGUUGGCACGUCACUGAUACCACCUUCUCGCAGGCAUCAUUAAUCUCUGCUGUUUUUAUAGCCGUUGAACGUUUUUACGCCAUUUACUGGCCGCUAAAACACCGAAAUUUGGCAACCAAAGCGUACUACAUUACAAUUGUCAUCAUCUGGACGCUGGCUUUGCUUGUUUCGGCAGUGUUCAACCUUGUCAAGUACUUAAUUUCAGACAAAGCAGCUAUUUAUGCUUGGAUGUCAUUCCCUUUGCUGUUUCUAUUUAUUGUUUGUGCUUGUAACAUUGGUAUUUGCAGAACUUUCCAUAAGAGGAACGUUUCUCCAAAACAGGGAACCAGAGCAUCUCAAACCCAGCGCUUGACCGUAACCUUGUUGCUCGUAUCCACCGUCUCUUUACUGUCAUGGCUUCCUCUAGUGACUGCAAACUACAUAUUUUUUGUUGAAAACAUCACUAUACCUAAAAGGCGUUUGAUUUAUGAUAUCAUAAAUAUUCUCAACUUUUCAAACUGUUUUGUAAACUCGGUUGUCUACUCAUUAAGGAUACCUGAGUUCAGACAAUCAUUGGUUUUGUGCUUCACAAGACGCCAAACAGUUAUAAACAGGGGAGAGAAUGAAGGAAGAGAUAACAGGGGGUUUGCUUUAACGCCGGGGAUAGAGCCAUCAAAAAUAUCAAGGAACUCAAGCUAUCUAGAG